GAACAAAAGACCCGAGUCGCAUUUCCUUUGCGAACGCUCUCGCCAUAUAUUCUCGUUUUGUCUCGCGUCGCGAGAAAAAGGUGUCAAAGUCAUGUCGCGACGCCGAAACCUCGAGGAAGAGGAAGAUGAAUUGUCGGACUUAUCGUCGACGGCAAGCUCACAGGGCAGCAAACGAAGAAGGCUGAACGGCGAUGUUGAAGAUGAAGAGUCAGAAGGUGAAUUGCUCCCGGAUAGCUUUCGCCGGUCACCAAGAAAACAUCGGCAUGGAGCCGCCAUAGCAGGCGCAGAGAAGCAUCAGGCGGGCUCACUCGUGCGCAUUGCGGUCAAAAACUUCGUCACAUACACAAGGGCAACGUUCAACUGCGGACCCAGUCUCAAUAUGAUUAUCGGUCCUAACGGCACAGGAAAAUCCACACUGGUGUGCGCUAUAUGUCUAGGUCUAGGCUACAAACCGUCGGUGUUAGGAAGAGCGAAGAAUAUUGGCGAAUUCGUGAAGCAUGGUAGCAAGGAAGCCAGAAUCGAGGUAGAGCUUGCUGCAAAGCCUGGGCAGAGGGAAAAUACGGUGAUACAACAUACGAUCACACGAGAGGGAAAUAAGUCGGCCUACAAAAUCAACGGGAAGGUGGCAAGCCACAAGGAAGUCAUGGCGUGCGUAAAGUCAUUCAACAUCCAGAUCGACAAUUUGUGCCAAUUUUUGCCACAAGAUCGAGUUGUCGAGUUUGCGCAAAUGACACCUGUGGGCUUGCUAGAGUCGACGCAAAAGGCCGCCGCCAGGGAAGAGAUGGAAGCGUGGCACGUGAAGCUCAAGAUCUUGGGACAGAAGCGUAUAGAAAUGCAGGCGAAGCGUGAGGAGGAUUUGAAACAGCUUGAUGCUCUGGAGAAAAGGCAUGCGCAACAACAAGUAGAGGUAGAUCGCAUGAGGGAACGACAGACGCUGCUCACAAGGCUGCAAGCUUUGGAGAUGACGAGGCCUGCAUUACAAUACGCGCAAGAGAAGAACAAGCAUGAUGAAAUGAGACGGACCAAGAGACAGUAUGAGGCGGAGCUUAGAGAUCUCACCCAGCAGGUGGCUCCUGCUCUACAGGAAACAGAACAGAAGGAGAUUUACGUACGACAGCUCAAGGAAGCAGUUGAUGAAGCGGACAGAAUAUCGAAGCGCUUCGAGACCGAGAUUGAGAAAAAGGCAAAAGACGCUGAAGACAAGGCAAACAAGAUCUCCGCACUGGAGGUUGAACGCAAUGCUGAAAUCAACAACUACAAAAAGCGUAUCCCGGAGAUUCAGCGUCUUGAUCGUGAAAUCAAGCAAAUGGAGGACCAAAGAGCUGAAGAGCCGGCUGCUGUUGAUGGCGCCUCCUACAACGCACGCAUCAGAGAGAAAGAUCUACAGAUUCGUGAGCUUGUACGAAAAGCCGAAGAUAUAAAGGCUCAAGAAGCGGACAUAAAAGCUCGUGCAGAAGCUAAGAGCGCCGAGUUUGCAGCAAUUCAGAAUGAGAUCAGGGACUUGCAGUCUGCUUCCGGACAGCAAACACGGAAGCUGAUGCAGGCGUCUCCAGACACGCUCGAGGCCUAUAAAUGGCUACAGACGCACCAGGCCGAGUUCAAGGAGAAGAUAUAUGGCCCUCCUCUUGUGGAAUGCAGUGUAAGGGAUCCCCGAUAUGCAGGGGCUCUCGAGUCGCUUUUGAUGAGAGGCGACUUUCUCACAUUCACGGCUACAAACAAGGACGAUUGGAACAAGUUCAGGCAGAUAUGCCAGAACCAGCUACGUCUCAAGGAUAUCCAUAGCAAGGUUGCACCGAAACCCUUGUCUUUCUGGGAGUCGCCCAUGGCGAAGGAAGCACUAGCCGAGUACGGGCUUGACGAGUUCGCUAGCGACCUUCUCCAAGGCCCAGAGCCGGUGCUCUCAAUGCUUUGCGAUGCAGUGAGACUGCAUAGGACUGGUGUUUCGCUACAUGAUUCUACAGAAGAGCAAUUUGAGCGUCUCCAGAAUUCGCCGAUUCAGUCCUGGGUAGCGGGCAAGAACUCGUACAGGGUCAACCGACGACGCGAGUACGGUCCUAGUGCCGUGUCCACAGUUGUGUCACAAGUGAGACCCGCACAAUUCUGGAAUAGCUCUGGAGGCGGCGAUGUAGAAGCAAUCAGACAAGCGCAGCGAAAAUUGAGGGAUAUUGAGGUGGAUGCUGCAGAACUGCAGGAGGAACUUCAACCAAUUAGACAGAAGCUAAAUGAGUUGAAGGAACAGAGAGAGUCACUAGAGGAUGAAAAGCAAGCGAUUACCACGGAAAAGUUGGAUCGCCAGAAGGCGAGGAGUGAAUGGGAAGCUUUGCCGCGUAAGAUUCAAACAAUGGUCGAGCGUCGAGAAGAAAAACAGAGACAUCAAAACGAGAUUCACGACCGCCUUCGCGACAUUGCUCAACGUAAACAGGGUUUGUUACUUGAGCGAGCACAACUGGCUAUCGAUCAUACGAUCGCUCUUGAACGAAGCAUGCAAAUUUACGAAGAGAUGGCCGAACUUGAGAUCCAGCUCGUCGAAGGAGAGUCUGAGUUAGGUCAUCUUAUCCAGAAAAGUCAGCGUGUACGAGAUAUGCUUGAGCAGCGAAGAGUCGAGAUCCGAGAUUUCGAGGCGCGUAUUAAGGAGCAAACUGUGAUUUGCAAAAGAUUAGUCAAAGAAAUACAGGACGCUCAGCGUAAAAGAGCGACAUUAGAGAACGGUGAGCAACUCGAGGAGAUUAUGACCAGGUGGCUACAGGGCUUGGACCUGGAGACGGGGCAGCCCACGGAUGAUGAACGGACCAGUGUGGAGCACCUCGACGGGGAAAUUGUCUCAACUCGUCAGCGCAUCGAGUUGAUGCACGAGGGUAAUCCACGAAUAUUUGAGCAAUUUGAACAGCGUGGCCGUGAUAUCGAGAAAGUUAAGGAUCGCAUCGCGAACUUCCAGACAGACUUGGAUUCUCUGAACGCGCAGAUUGAUGACUUGAGACGGAAAUGGGAACCUGAGCUGGAUGAACUGGUGGAGAAAAUCAGUGCUGCCUUCUCCCACAAUUUUGAGAGGAUUGGUUGUGCGGGACAAGUGAGGGUGCGAAAAGACGACCACGACUUUAGGGAAUGGGCGAUUCAGAUUGAAGUAAAGUUCCGCGAGAAUGAAGAGCUAGCCGUCCUCGACUCACAUCGCCAAUCCGGUGGAGAACGAGCAGUCUCGACAAUCUUCUAUCUCAUGGCUCUUCAAUCGAUGGCUCGCUCGCCCUUCCGCGUCGUCGACGAGAUCAACCAGGGUAUGGACCCGCGCAAUGAACGAAUGGUUCACGAACGCAUGGUGGACAUUGCAUGCUCUGAGAACACGUCACAAUAUUUCCUCGUCACCCCCAAGCUACUCAACGGCCUGAAGUAUCACCCUCGAAUGGUUGUGCACGUCAUUUACAGCGGUGAAGAGAUGCCAGAGGCAGGGAGCGAAGGUAGCAUGCUGGAUUUAAGUGUUCUUGCUCAGAGAGCAAGAGAAUUGGGUAGGGUGCAUUAAAGAGGUCGCAUCGUUUUGAAGAAGUCGAGUUGUCUUCGUGAUAAUCGACUACGUAUCAUAAUAAUAUACACAUGCUGAUGAACAGCUGAAGGCCGCAC